AUGUCUUCUCCCAUUGUUCUCAUCUUUGGCGCUGGUGCCAAGGUUGGCAAAAGUGUCGCCCAAGCCUUCAGCGCAAAGGGCUAUAGACUAGCUCUAGCCUCCCGAUCUCAAGAUCCAUCAACUUCCACAGACCGAAAGCUCCAUAUCCCUGCAAAUUUGAGCAACACAGACUCCGUCAUCCAGGCCUUUACAAAGGUCAGAAGCGAGUUUGGCCAUCCCCACGUCGUCAUUUACAACGCUUAUCAUGGCGCACCUAACGAUCCCAACGAUAUUUUCCAAGUUUCUUUGGACAGCUUCAAGACAAGCGGUGCAGUCAACAUCUUUAGCGCUUACGCCGCAGCCCAGGAAGCUGUCAAUGGUUGGAAAGACUUCCCUAAAAAUAGUAGCCCAACGUACAUUUACACUGGCAACAUUGAGAAUGAGAUGCGCAUUCCGUCCAUCAUGUCGCUAGGUGUUGGAAAGGCUGCGGCUGCUUGGUUCAUUGAGGUUGCUGCUACUGCAUACAAGGAUCAACGCUUUAGGUUCUACUAUGCUGAUGAGAGAAAGGAGGAUGGCACACCUAUGUAUAAGGGAGCAACUGCGGAAGGUCAUGCUCAAUUCUAUGUUGAGCUUGCUGAGGGCAAGGAGCAGCGGGUUUGGCAGCAGACUUUUGUCUCUGGGCAGGGCUACAAGAAGUUCUAA